AUGGAAUCGGUGACUAGACGGGCCAUCAUCUUGGAAGAUAGGGGGAAGGAAAGCCUUUCUUUUGUUCCAUUCCGGGAGAAGGAUGCCAUGCCACUCAACCGAGAGGCAGAGAAGCCGAAUGGCAAGAAGCGAGAGAAAAAGACAAUGAAAAACAAAAGGAUUCGAAGGAUCUCCCUUAGCCCUUCAAGAAAGCCGGCACACACGGAAAGAGACAAGGAUUGA